AUGAAGCUGCAGGUCGUCUUGGCGUUUUUCUGUGGAUUUCCCCUGUUGGGAGGUGCUAAGAAGAAAAAGGAUCUAGAGAUCCAGGUUGAGUAUAAGCCGGAAGACUGCUCGGUGCAGGCGGCAGUAGGAGACACCGUGUCCGUACACUACACAGGCUACCUGGACACCGGCGCGAUCUUCGACACCUCCCGACAGGACGGCAGAGAACCCAUCGAGUUCCAGCUCGGGGCCAGGAAGGUGAUCCCGGGCUGGGAACAGGGCAUCGUCGGCAUGUGUGUGGGGGAGAGACGGAAACUCGUCAUCCCGCCUCACCUGGCGUAUGGGAAGGAGGGCAGAUCACCAGUUAUCCCUCCCCAGGCCACCCUGACCUUUGACACAGAGCUGGUGAACAUUGAGAGAGUGUCGUCUGCAGACUCGGUUGUUUCCUUCCUGAGUUUCGCUGCGGCUCCGCUGGCCAUCCUGGGGUUUGUCUACUACUUGUACAACAAGGCAUCAACUGCUCCCACCAAGAGAGAACUGAAGGAAGAAAAGAAGACCAAGAAGAGGAAAUAG